AUGAUGACCGGCAACACAGUCAUGGCUGGAGCUGCUUUGGCCUUUGCCCAGUGGGGCAAGCUUGCCUUUUUUUCUACUUUGUUGCUUCACUAUGUAUCUGGCGUUGUGUUGUUUCGCUUUCUGGAUGCACAACUGGGGCCCCGGAGGGUUGCAGCCACUGCCCCGUUGAUCCUACUCAUCCACUGCGCUUUUGACGCCUUGUCUUGCAGAUACGACUCUUCGUGGCCUCUGCCUCUCUUAGCCCUGGGCUGCGGCGUGGUGAACGCCUUUUCAUCCAGCAGUUCCGGUGUGGUAACCAACAUGCUGACGGGACAUUGGCAUAUCCUGGCAAGCUCGAUGGCUGAUGUGAUGUCUGGCAGCACCCUGGACCGAAGCAAGCGCAGCGUCGCGCGGCGAAGCUUAGGUGUCGUGUGUGCUUUUGUGCUGGGCGUGCUCAGUGCGCAGCUUCUGCUACGUUGUGGCCUGCCCGUGAGGUUCUGGUGGCUGGGUGUGGCAUAUGCAUCCCUGUUCCUUCUGCAUGAUGCUCCGCAAGCAUGGCCGUCUUCGGACGUUACGUCUGCAAAGUUGAACGACCAAGUGCUGGAUUCAGCGGAGUAUCGAUGCCCGUAUCCAUCUGACUUGCCUGCCCUGCAGAGGUCUUCUCACACUCCUGUUGUUGCUUGCAGGCUUCGAGAGUCCAGCCCCAUUUCCCCGGUUGUGGGCAUUCUCGGGCUGGUUACCAGCAUGACGGCGACAUCGAACAGUUGCCAGCGCGUCGGCUAUCGACACGGUGUGGAGGGUGUCUUGCUUGCCGAGCUCAAUCUGCCAGCAGAGGUGAGCGAGACGUUGUCCAGUUUGCAGCUGUACGCAUUGCUUCUGGAAGAACGCCUCAACUGCAUCCACUGGGAGGCUGAGGCGCGCCGCUCUGCUGCAGUGGUCGAGAGCCUGCUGCAAGGGGUGGAGGUUCUCGCAAAACCGUCUGAAGAAUGGCGGGAAAGCAACAUUCAAAGUGCCGCCGAGGUGCCCAAAGAGGUCCUCAGAGGUGGCAUCGAGCUGCCGGUAGCAUCGGUUUGGGAAGCGGACGACAGGUUGGGCUCCUUUGUCAAAGUAGGAGGUGCGGAAGGACGAAACAGUCCAAGCGCUCUGACGACGGAGGCGUUCAGGUUAAGUUCCGAAGACGCUGCGCGAGUUAUUUGCGCUGAGGGAUCAUGGGACGGUUCCGGGAGCAAGCCAACUUCCUCAAGGGAAAUCUGCGUUGUGCUGCAUGGAAUCGGCAAGCCCACUGUGCUAGAUUUUUCCGACGAUCUAAGCUCCAAGGCAGUGGAACCGUUGAGGUUAGAUCACUUCGACAUAGUUGCGGCGGAAUCGCUGUGCGCGUCGUCCCUGCGAGCCGCGCUGCAGGCCCAGUCCAUGCUCAGCGAGCUGACCAAAAGAAAGCACUCAGCAGAACAAAUGCAGUCUUUGGUCUCCGAACUGAGCAUGGCUGCGAGCACCACGGACCUGGUGCAGACCAUCGAAAAAGCUGUGCAGGCAGUGACCCAGUCCAGCAGAUGCAUGGUCUUCUUCAUCGAUGAUGACGAGACGUGGGCUCCUCCGACGGCUACGGUGCCUGAGCCUGCGCGCCUGGUUUUGGACGUCGGGCUGCCGGGCAAAAUCGCCACGCUGGCCAAGGAGCGAUCCGAGCCUCUUGGGGCGUUGAUUUACAACGAUCCCACCACCUGCCCGUACUGGGAUGACGUGGAGUUUGGCGUGGACCAGAAGGCUAGCGUCAUGGUCGCUCCUAUCAUGAGCGCUGGGAAGGAUCUGAAGCCCCUUGGCCUCAUUGUGGCCAGCGCCAAGACCUCCAGGUCCAAAGAGGGCGAUUUGCUGUCCAAGCUGUGGGGCCCCAUCAGCGUGGAUUUUACGCAGCAAGACGCAGAAUUCCUGGAGUGGCUUGCAAGCGCAGCCAGUAGCCACCUGGACCGCCUUUCGCUGGACGUGAUGUGGACACGAGCACUUCUGGAGCGCGAAGGGGCCGAAGGCGCUGCACAGGACGAAUCUGAAGACUUGCUUGUCUCAGAGUACUACACAGAGGAGGCGAUGGCGACCAGGUCCAGAGCCCGAACGGAUGGGAGCGCUGGAAGAGCCGGAAGCAAGGCCUCCGGUCACGGUCGAUCCGUGGGUCGCGUGAAUACAGUUCACAAGUUUACGGGUCACGUUGCCACCGCUCUGGACUUCACCUCUUCAAAGGGCAUGUUGCAAUUAGUACAGGAGGCGGAGAACACGUGCAUUAGGGACCUGGUUGCGGAGCCGCACGUGGACGUUACACAGUGGGAGAUCGAUUACUGGGUCUUGACGUCCCAUGAGCAGUUUGUGUUGCUGGUGACGGCUAUACGUCAGCUGGACAUUUUCGAUCACCUUAGCAUCGACGACGGUGUCCUCAUGCGCUUCUUCCAGGCUGUGAAGAACACUUACAGAAGCGUCCCGUUCCACAACUUCCACCAUGCAAUGUCAACUACGCACUAUGCUUCGAAGAUAGCGAAGGUUGCCGAUCUUUCGGCGUACUUAACGUACCCUGAGCUAUUUGCCCUUGUGAUCGGAGCGCUAUGUCAUGAUCUCGAUCAUCGCGGGUAUAACAAUGCCUUCGAGAUUAUGACGCGCAGCGAGCUCGCGCUUCGAUACAACGACUCCUCUCCCCUGGAGAAUCAUCACUGUGCCAGGGCCUUCGAGACGGCUUUGAAUGGCGUGGACUGCAACAUCUUUGAGGAUCUUGGUCCCGAAGUCUACAACCUCGUCCGCAAAAGGAUGGUUGCAGGCAUCCUCGCCACAGACAUGAAGCACCACGGUGAGCAUGUCGGCAUCUUGACGGAGUUCGAGGUGGGAGAGCCCUCCGACUCGCAGAGCCAGUUUCUCGUGGAGGUUCUGAUGCAUGCAGCAGACAUAAGCAAUCCCUUCAUGCCGGCUGACAAGUCCAAGAGGUGGGCUGUGUGCCUCAACGAGGAGUUCUCUCUUCAGGCUGAGAAGGAGGCGGAGCUGGGCUUACCGGUGACCUCCUUCAUGUCGGGGCUUCAUGAGCCACAGGUGGCAGCAAAGUCGCUCUUGGGCUUCAUUGACUUUGUGGUCACUCCCUUCACGAGUUCUGUCUUCAGGCUGUUCCCGGACCUUGCAGAGUUGAAAAAGUUUCUGGACCAGAAUCGGGAAGCGGCGGCGAUCAUCGUUGAGGAGGCCACGACUGCAAAAGGCUCUGAUCGGCGGCCUGCCAAGAAGUCAUGGCAGUCAGCUUUGACGAGGUUGCGCGGGACGAAAGACUCCACCGGCUCAACGAAUGUCGCUGAGCUCACGGGACAGGUCUUCCAAUCUCUCGCCAAUGGCAAGGACACCAUCGGUUUGCGGGAGUUCAAGAGCACGGCGAAGUUCUUGGCGCAGCUCUCCGAGGACUUCUCUGCUGAUCCCGAGGAGGCCUUCAGUCGGAUCGAUGAGAACCAGGACUACCGGAUAGACCGGGCCGAGUUUGAGCAGGAGAUCAAUCAGAUCAGAGGCUUGCUGGGCACCAGGAAGUUGGCUGCUGCUCUGGGGCAGGUGCAGCAGGAUCUCCAGAUCCGCCAGUCCUUUGCGGAAGAGCCUGAGGCCCAGGCUGAUGCGCCACCCGAAGUUGGCGGCACACUAGAAGCUCGGACGCAAGUGCUGGAGCAGAUGGUGGGGUAUUUUUCCACCCUCCGAGAGGACUACAGCCAGAAGCUCGAGGACCUGAAGCAGCAGCAGGCUGCGAUGCAGGCUCGCGAGGAUGUGGGCCAGGCCAAGGCGCCUCCAAGAGCUCGGGUCUUCGCUGGGCGCAGUAAGAAGGUCGCUGAGAAUACGACUACGAAGAGCUUGAACGCCUCUCUGGGUGCGAGUGCUCGGCUUGAGAUCAAGAGGCAAUACACUCAUCAAGAUGAUUUUGAUGGCCCGGAGAGUCAUGCGCAGGGCCGUGAGCCGGCGGAGGAUGAGGCAGCAGACGAUGAAGAAGGCGAGGAUGAGGAAGGAGAGAACCAAGAGCUAGACGAGGAGGACGCGAGCAAUGACGAGGAUGAGGAGGAGAACGAGGAUGACAUGGAGGAGGAAGAAGACGACGAGGAAGACGAUGAAGACGCUGAAGAGGACGAGGCGGACGAGGGACAAGAAGACGAGGCAACCCAGCUGAUAGCAGCGAUGAGUGCUGGUGAAACUCCUUUGAAGACUGACUUAGUGACCACUCUUCCCCCUGGCAGAAUACCGGAGGAAUCGCAGGGACCUGAGACGACUCAGCCUCCGGCCGUUCCAGCCGAGCCGAGCUCGACAGAGCCAGCAGCUGCGGCAGAAGCGACGGCCACGGAAGCGGCGACGGCGGAAGCGGCGACGGCCGACGAAGUGGCGACGGCCCAAGCGGCCGCGGUAGCAGCGCCUGAUUCGAGCGAGGCGCCCGCCCCGUCACAGCCCUCCGGCGGCACCAAAAAGGGCAAGGCUUCCAAGAAGAAGCCGAAGGCGAAGCCCAAAAAGGAGCCAAAGAAAUCUCAGCCGGCCCCUGCCCCGCCCAAAGUGGAUUCGCAGCGUCCUUCACUGUCUGGUGCUACUACUGUUGCCGAGCCUUCAAGCACCAAGAGCCAGAGCACCCCUGCAAAGCUGGGCAAGAAAAGCACGGAUGAGGAAGGCUUUCGCUGUGUGCAGACCUUGGAGAUGGGUUUGGCCGUCCGAAAUGCAAUCUGCAUCGGCACUGAAGUCUGGACGGUUGAUUGGGCCGGAAAUGUCACCGUUCGCGAGAGAGAUGAUGCGACGAAGGUGCGAAGCGAGAUUCCCACCAACCGGUUUGUUUGGUCAAUGCUUCACAUGGAGCCACACCUCAUGUGGAUGGGCCAGGAAGCAAUGGGAAUUUCCCUGUUCGACACCAAGCGCAAGGAGUUCAAAGGAUCCUUGAUGGGCGGCCACACAGGGGGUGUGACCUGCCUUGCUUCAGGCGAUGCUCUCGACUCCUCCGAGAUGAAGGAGGGCCACAUCCCGCGAAGAAGGGCCUGGAGUGGCAGCAACGACUUCACUAUCCGGCAGUGGACUAUCGAGACCUGGCACUCGAAGGACCAGGGUCCUCAGGUGAAAGAUGCCUUUGUCUUGGAGCUUGGGAAGUUCAAGGUCGCAAUCUCAAAGGGUCUGCAGAUGCACGGACACAAGAACGGUGUUCGAUGUAUGAUUCGCAUUGGCCCCACCCUUUGGUCGGGCUCGGACGACGGGACUAUCCGCCUCUGGUGUACGGCAACUGGUGCUUGCAACGAGGUUGUGGAGAAAGCUCACACGGGCUCUGUGCUCAAGCUUUCCGUCGUGAGAUCCUUCAUCUGGUCCUCCGGCAUUGACGGCUUUAUCCGGGAGUGGACCAUCGGUGGAACCGAGCGCCAAUGCGUCAGGCAGAUCGCGCCGGAGGGCUUUGCCAAAGGGGCCUAUGCAAUUGUCCCUUUGGGCCACGAAGUCUGGACAUGUGGUCACCAUCCCAACAUACAGGUUUUUUCACAAUCCGACUUCUUCAAGACUGCAGAACAUCCUGCACACGAUCCUUAUGUCUCGAACCUGCUUACAGUAGAUCGAAUCGAGACGAAGAUUGUCUGGUCGACCUCAAUCGGCGACAAGAAGCUUAAAGUGUGGCGGCACACCAUUCGCGGGGAAGUCCCUUCCAUAGACGAGCUCAAAGCAGCGAAUCGUCUGUUUGAGGAGGAAGAGGAGGUGCGAGCCCAGAGGAUGGACGAGUUCGUCAAGCGAGCUUCGAAGCUGGAGGAUGAGUUGGCUGUCUCUGCUGAGGAGUACCGGGCACAGCUGGAGGCCCUCGCCACGGACCUUGCCAAGUCCAAGGCUCAAGAGGAGGAGCUUGAGGCCAGAUGCAAGCAUCUCGAGGAGGAGCUGGACGGCAUCCGGCAGCUGUUUGAGGAAAUGGGCCUAGGUAAGCUCAUGGAUGACCCAGAGGCACUGGCCAGAUUUCUCCAGCGGGCGCGGUCUCUCGAGAAGAUCUUCAAAGAUCUGGGCUUGGAGCACUUCCUGGACAACCCGGAGGCGCUUCGACAGGUCCUGGAGGCCUUUGCAGAUUUAGGCUUGGAGCACCUCUUGAAGAAUCCGGAGGAGCUCAAGAACUUCUUGCAGUCAGCCAAGCAGCUGAAGGAGAUGCUGGAGGCUGCUGGCUUCGGGGAUGUUUUUGGCGACCCGUCGAAGCUGGAGGAGCUCAAGCAGAGCCUGGAUUUGCUAAGACGGGUUCGUGACCUCUUCGAAAAAUACGGGCUGGGCGAUGCCUUCAAGGACCCUGCGUUGCUGGAAGAGAUCCUGUCAAGAUACGAGGGACUGCGCAAAGCCUUUGAAGAAUAUGGUUUCUCGGAGCUGUUCGAGGAUCCAUACAACCUCAAAGGCUUUUUGCGGAACUAUGCCAAGCUGCGUCAGGCCUUCAAGGACUUGGGAUUGGAGUAUCUUCUGGACAGCGCUGCCGCCAUGCGGGAUUUCCUGGCAGGCCACACCUCUGGAGAGAAGGAGCUUCUCGAUCUGCGGGCCAAAGCGUCGAGGCUGGAUGAGGCCGAGGAGAAGCUGAGACGCAGGGACGAGGAGCUCGCCAGAGCGCGAGAGGAGGCCAAGCAGAUGCGCGAUCGGCUGGCGGCCUUCGAAGCCAUUGGAGACCUCGAGUCGAUAAAGAGGUGGAAGAGUGAGGCUUCCGAACUGCGGGCGCUCAUGCGAGCCAAGGGCAACGUGGAUAGUGAGUUGGCAGAGCUCCGUGCUAUGCUGGAAGAGAAGGAGCGCGAGCGCCAAGAGGUUCGGACUUUGCUUUCUCGGUGCAUUGUGGUGUAUCGUGGUGUGCUGUAG